AUGUCAGCUAUCGUAACUAAAAUCGUUGAAAAAUACAAUCUCAGCUCCGAGAUGUGUGUGACCGAUCUCAGUCGAUACACCUCAGAGUUUCUCGAGAAUCUUACUGAUGAUAGAAAAAGGAAUCAGGCACGAAGGCGUCUUCGAGAAGGAUUCAAAUUUACCAGUGAGCAGCCCCAAAAAAGUUCGGGAGAAGAGAUUAUCAGAGAGAAAGCAAAACAAAUUUUGCAAAAUAGAUAUGGGUUUAGCAAAGAUCAAGUGGAUGACUUAUUUGCUUUGCAAAGCGACUUACGUCGCCUCUCUACCCAGAAAAAUGACCAACCCAAAAGCAGAACCAUGCACAAAGUGCCCUGUUCUACAAUAAACAUUGCUAUUUCUAAUCGGGUCCCACAAGAAACGAUUGGAAAGAUGGCGCAUCGGCUUUUACGGGAUAAGCUUAGUAUUCGGGAUGUAAGAGCUGAAGCUUAUGCCUUAGCCCUAUCAGCAAAAAAUGCCAAUGCUGGUUCAUCACGUCUUUUCCGAUUCCGAAGAGAACUAAAAAAUCUUGGUGCUUCAUCCCAAAUAAUUGAGGCUACAAAAUUCCCCGAUAUUACAGAACAAGCUAACAAAAUCCAGGAAAACAAUCGGAAAAGGGCUGAAGCCAAUCGUAUUGAUUAUCCAGAUGAAUUUACAUUAGAAUCAGUCAAAAAGAGAUUGGAUAGUUAUGAUACAUCUACUGUACCCGAUGUACAAGCUCUUGCUGAUGUCAUGGUGAUGCUUUGUAUACGUCCUGCUGAGCUUACAACUUUGCGUGGGGGAGUAGUAAAUGGCGUAGGCUUGAAAAUCGAUGACACCUGCGAUGCAGAAAUAUAUGAUCCCAUUAGCAAGGUCGAUGUGCUGGGAAUAAUUCGCGAAAUAGAGAUUUCAAUCAUGUCUCAAGGCACUAAAUGGAAAAAAGUAAAAGUUACCGAUAUUUUUGUUUCUAAUGAACCGCAACUUACAUUUGUACUGGUAUUGGGUCAGCCAUGGAUUCAGGAAAAUGCAAUGAAAGUGGAUUUCCCGAAUAAAACUCUUACAUUGCUCGAUGGAACUGAUAUACAAUUAGUUAUUGGACCAAAAAUUCCACCACCAACACAACACAAUCAGUCUGUGGAUGAUUACUUCAAGAUGAUAAAGGUAUAUGCUACAGUAUUGGAUAUCGACUUAGAAAAUCAAGACCUUAAGGGAACUUUCUUUAAUGGCCUAUCACGAGAUAAUAAAAAAGAAGUAAUUCGAUUUGGCUUUAAAAAGCCUUUGAAUGAAAUAGUCGAUCACUUGAAUAGAAUCUCAUCCGGAUAUACUGAUAUUCAAAAUUUUCAAUUCGGGAAUUUGAGUCAAGAGGAGAGUUCGAUAAUGGAUUUUUAUAUGAAAGUAAAAAAAUAUUGUAAGUUAGCUGGACAUAAUGAAGACCAUCUUAAACAUCAAUUUCUUCGUGGAUUAUCACCCGAGAAUCAGAUAGAAGCUAGAAGGUGUGGAUUGGAACUUCCAUUAGAUGAGCUAGUAGAGAAACUGAGAAUGGUACAACUAUAUAAUAAAUAUUAA